UCGAUAUAAUUUAGUCGAUGGUUUUUACAGUUCUCUGCUCUUUGUUCAUCAUUUUACCAGGCUUUACUUUGAUUAGUUUGAUAAACAUUAAUUGGUGUUGAAAUUUCUCAGAAAUUCGGGUGGUAGACACAUUAAAUAACUCAAUCUUUUAAAAACCCAAUAAAGUCCAAAGUGGAGUUGGAACAAGAAGAAGUAAAAAUAAUGGAGGAGAUGAUGGAGACGGUGGUUCCGCAAGAAGAUUUUGAUCGUAAUGAGCAAAGAUAUCUUCGAGAAUUGGAAUUAGAUGGGCACGCAAGUGUGGAAGCCAAGUUUGGUUACGCAUAUUGUUUAGUCAGGUGCGCGCACAAACAGGACAUAGCUAAGGGCAUUGAAUUGUUAGAAGAUUUGGCAGAACAUCAUCCGGAAGGACGAAGAGAUUACCUUUAUUACCUGGCGUUGGGUGAAGCACGCAUGAAAAACUACUCAGUCGCCUUAAAUUACUGUAAAGGUUUCUUGGAGAUUGAAGAUAAUCCACAAGUUCGAUCAUUACAGGAAUAUAUUCAAAAGCGAUACGAUAAAGAUUUAAAGAAGGGCAUGGCUGUUGCCGGUGGCGCUGUUCUUGUCUUGGGUGGUAUUUUGGGGCUGGGCAUGGCGCUUGCCAAAAAUAAAAACAGACGUGAUAAAUAAAUAUUGAACCGGAAAUGACGUCUACAUAAAAAAUAUGUGAAGCCAAAUCUUGUUGAUACUGACUAUAUGUUUGUACAGCAUAGAGUUAGUUGAGGAUAUUGUUUUGGAAAAGAUUUUAAAAAUAUAUCGUAUAGUCAUGCAAAGUUCUUCGUCAAAGUAAUAAGGGUAUUUAUUGCACAUGGAGGAAGGUUGAGGCUCACAACCGUUCAGUCUUCUAUCGAUUGUCUUCGUUACACCACUAAAGUUUUUAAAUUUGUUUUCGAAGUUAGAAUAUAAGAGUUUUUCUUCAUUGGAUUGCAUACUUUUAUGAAAAGCGCGAUAUUAGGCGCGGUAUAUGAAUCUAUUUUUCUACUCACUUUGCUUAAUUGUAGUAAUAUAUGUUGUUUACAACAUGAAUAAAUUAAAUUUUACCAAUAUUCAGUAAGCCAAAAUUGCCUAAUGUUUGUACACAAUUAUGUAAACCCAUUUUUUUCUAUGUAAUAAAUUUGCAAUCAUUAAUGACGAGUAGUUA